AUGUCCAAGCCCGUGGCGCUCACAGCGCUCGUCGUCUUUGUGGUGCUGGCCGUGGUGCUGACGUUCGCCGUGCUUGCGUGGCAAGUCCAAGCGCCGAAAGCCAACGACCGCCUCAGCAGCCGCAGCAUCAUGGGGUUCCGCGCGCUCGUCCUUCGCCUCGCGUUCGCCGUAGCCAACGCAGCGGCCAAAGACGCAAGCGGGUUUGGCCUGGCGCAGCACGCAGUCAUUUUUGGGCUCGACGGGCUCGACGUGCGCUGCCUCCAUCAAGCCCUCGACAACGGCCUCGCGCCUCACAUGCACUACCUGCGCUCGCACGGCGUGUACACGGACAACGCCCGCAACAACCGCCCGGCGGUGAGCUUGCCCAACUGGGCCACGAUCUUUUACGGGGCGAGUGUCAUGUUUCACGGCGUCACGAGCAAUGCGUGGAGCUACUGCGCGCCCUCGAAUCUCUCGGUGGGCAUCCCGUCGAUCUUGCCACCGUGCGUUGUGUACCCUGACCUCUUCUCG